CCAGCCCCAGCCAUCCACGCCCUCAGCACUCGCUCGCACGCCCCUCCGUUCCCGUCUCGCCCUUCUACGCAUCUCUCGCACAGGCGCGCGCCUCUCGCAGACCCUUUCACCUCGCCGCGCAGCGCUCAGCUGCUGCCUGCCGCUGGCUCACCAUGCCGCAGAACGACUACAUUGAGGAGGCGCAGCGCCGCCAUGGCAAGCGCAUGGACCACGAUGAGCGCAUGCGCAAGCGGACAGCGCGUGCCUCGCACAAGGCCUCUGCCAUCGCGCAGAAGACGACGGGUCUCAAGGCCAAGAUGCUGAACCGCAAGAACCGCGCCGAGAAGAUCCAGAUGAAGAAGACGCUCAAGGCGCGCGAGGAGCGCGACGUCAAGCAGGCCUCGACGUCGGAUGCGCCCGAGCAGGCCCUGCCGGCCUACCUGCUGGACCGUGAGGGCCAGAAGGACGCAAAGGCCCUCUCGGCGGCGGUCAAGGAGAGACGCAAGGACAAGGCGGCGAGAUACGCUGUGCCGCUGCCGCAGGUGCGCGGCCUGGCGGAGGACGAGACGUUCAAGGUCGUCAAGACGGGCAAGCGUAAGAGCAAGGGGUGGAAGCGCAUGGUGACGAAGGCGACGUUCGUGGGCGAGAGCUUCACGCGGAAACCGCCGAAGCUGGAGCGCUUCAUUCGGCCCAUGGGCCUGCGCUACCGCAAGGCGCACAUUACGCAUCCCGACCUGAAGGCGACCUUCCAGCUGCCGAUCAUCGGCGUGAAGAAGAACCCCCAAUCGCCGAUGUACACGCAGCUCGGCGUGCUGACCAAGGGCACCAUCAUCGAGGUCAACGUGUCCGAGCUCGGCAUGGUCACGACGGGCGGCAAGGUCGUGUGGGGCAAGUAUGCGCAGAUCACGAACAACCCGGAAAACGACGGCUGCGUCAACGGUGUCCUCCUCCUCUCGACUUGAUUGGCCUGGUCAGCGCACGUCCGUGUCGCACGUCUGCGGGCGGCCUCCUGGCCACGGCACGGCACCACGGCACGAUGCGUGGCCGCUGCUCGAAUGCCCUUUCUCGUUCCGGUCCUGGGUCUGUACGAUAUGUGAUCGCGGCUCUCUCACAGCACUUCCGUCCAUUCAAAUCUCAUCAGUUGCAGCUU